ACCAAAUUCCUAACCUCAACCUCAACUCCACACCACUUUCCCUCGUUUUCUUCUCCUAUCUCUCUCUCUCUCUCUUCCCGCUUUUUCUAUUCCCCUCAACCCAGAUCUCAUCUUCUCCUCUCAUUCAAUUCCCCUCACCCAAAAUCGUUUUUUUUUUUAAACCCUUUUCUUUAGAUUUUUAUGAAUUUGUACUUCCCUCCAUAAAGUUGAAUUGGCAAAAAAGAAAAAGAAAAUCAAUAAUCGAGAAGAAGAGCUCUUCUUGUUUUAAGAGAAGAGAAUUAUGCAGCAGCAACAAGCAAUCAAGCGGCAGCAGCUGCCCUUCACGGCGGCGAAGCCGCCCUUUGGGGACUACCACCGAUUCCCCGCUGACCCGCGAAUGCUCCCGCCUCAAGUACCGGAGGGCAUCGUUGUGAAAACUCCGCCUUUGAAGCGGAAGAAGGAGACAGCCAAGUAUAGUCUGGUUUCUGGUGAACUGAACCAAGGUUCUGGAUAUUCUGAUGCCAAUGGUCCCUUGCAAACACCGGUUUCAGGAAAAGCUCAGAAAGCAUCUAGGACAUCGAAAGCCAACAGAUCUGCAUCUCAAACUGCUGGGAAUGUUGGAUCCCCUUCUAGCAACAAUGUCACUCCAGUUGGUGCUUGUCGGUAUGAUAGUUCCCUAGGCCUCUUGACUAAGAAGUUCAUUAAUCUGAUCAAACAUUCUGAAGAUGGCAUUCUGGAUCUAAACAAUGCUGCUGAUACACUAGAGGUGCAGAAGAGGCGUAUCUAUGAUAUAACAAAUGUCCUGGAAGGCAUCGGCCUAAUAGAGAAGAAAUUAAAGAAUAGAAUUCAAUGGAAGGGCCUAGAUGUGUCAAGUACAGGAGAGGAUGAAAGUGUUGCAAGCUUACAAGCAGAAGUAGAGAACUUGACCAUGGAUGAACGUAGAAUAGAUGAACAAAUCAGAGAAAUGCAAGAAAGAUUGAGGGACCUGAGUGAAGAUGAAAACAAUCAAAGAUGGCUUUUUGUCACUGAAGAAGAUAUUAAGAAUAUACCUAGUUUUCAGGAUGAAACACUAAUAGCAAUUAAAGCUCCACAUGGAACCACAUUAGAAGUCCCAGAUCCUGAUGAGGCUGUUGAUUAUCUUCAGAGGAGGUAUAGAAUAGUUCUACGCAGCACCAUGGGGCCCAUAGAUGUUUACCUUGUCAGUCAAUUUGAGGAAAAGUAUGAGGAGAUAGAUGCAGCUGCAGCACCACCAAACAACCCUUCGACAUCAGGUGUCGAUAAUAAUGCCACUGCAACAUUAGAAAUUGAGAAGAGCGGAGUAAAUGAAGUAGGGAGGCAGGAAAAUGAAACAGGAACAAUCCCCUCAGAUCUUGGUACCUCAGAGGACUUCAUGGGUGGAAUCAUGAAAAUUGUUCCCGAUGUCGAUAAUGGAACAGAUUACUGGUUCAUGUCAGAUUACGCUGGAAUCACUGCUAUCUGGGAAGACUCUCACUUAGCCGGGCUUGACUGGAGUGACUUGAUAACACUUGAUGAAGAUCACGCUACAACUAAUGUCAGUACUCCACUUGCCCAAACUUCACCUCCCACUUUUGCCGAACUGCCUUGUGCAACUAAUACUACCAUAAGCUGAAUGUUAUCUGCCCGCAAUUCCCGGUUGAAUUCAAAAUAAUGGUUGCUCCAAGUAUAUAAAGAUUCUUACUCUUAUUAUUUCUCUUGCCCCCUUUGAACAACUCUGAAUAGAGAACGAAUUGUAUCCAUUCUAUGCAUUUCUCGAGGGAAAGUUACCUUGAGGCUGGGAAUGGAACAUGUAUCUGAGUUAUGAGUUGCUUCCUGUACAGUGAUCUAUUACCUUGUAACUAGCAAUAAGAAUAGUUUUAGGAGAUUUCCCAGUUUAGCUCUGUAUUAUGUCAUCUUGUACCUUCAAACUUGACUAGGUGGAGCACACUGUUAAACAUUUGACAAAUUGAAUUAUAAUUUUCUCAAAUGAAUGUUUCUACCACAA